CAAUAUGUUGUUAACAACUUAUUCUAAGGAACGUCAAGGAAACUUGCUCUUUUAAAUGGCCUCUAGCGACUAAAUCAAAAGCAAGUCUGGAUAAUAUAAUACAUGGAUUUAAGAGUCACUGUAGAGGUGGUUACUCGGGAACAGUGGGGAGCAGUAGCCCCUCGAUGCCGGGAGACCCUCAAGUGUCCUGCUCAAAGAGUUGUCAUACACCACACUGCACUGUUGCACUGCAGGGGCAUCCGAGAAUGUAUGGACCAGCUCAUCCACAUACAGACAAUGCAUAUGCAGGAUAGGAACUUUGAUGACAUUGGAUACAACUUUCUUAUUGGGGGAGAUUGCACAGUGUAUGAGGGCCGAGGCUGGGGUGUUGUGGGUGCACAUACCAAGGACAAUAACCGUGACUCUUUGGGCAUUGCCUUCAUGGGCAACUUCAACAAUGAGAGCCCUAGUCCAGCAGCCCUGUCAUCUGUUAAACAGCUCCUGCAGUGUGGUGUUUCCCAGGGGCAUUUGCACCCUGGAUUUACCCUGCUUGGGCAUAGAGACUUGGGGGACACUGAAUGUCCUGGGGAGAGACUAUACGCUGCACUAAAACAUCUACAAUUUCCCUAAACAUAACCUCUUCCACAGGCUCAAUUGCUACUGGUUCGACAGAGAAAGUGAGUCGGUGGUGAAAGAGAAAACCCUGAACAGCACACUUAACAUUUUGGGACUUCCUUGUGUGUUUUUAAACCACUAGAUGGGGCAAUGAUGCUUUAUUGUAGCCAUGGCCUAAAAUGCAUACUCUUUUUUUCACAAGCAUUUCACUAGACCCGCAAUAACAUCUGCUAAACACUUGUAUGUGACCAAUCAAAUUUGAUUUGAUAAUGGGGUUUCCCAAACCCAGUCCUGGGGCCCCCCUGGGUGCACAUUUUGUUUUUGCCCUAGCACUACACAGCUGAUUCAAAUGACCAACUCACCAUCAAGCUUUGAUUAUUUGAAUCAGCUGUGUAGUGGACCAUUAGACCACUUUAUAUAUCUGUGUUUUGUAGAGGAC